AUGCAAAGAGAUCUACCAAGAUUUCUACAAUUAAAGAUCGUUAGAUAUCUACUUUAUGAUGAUCCAGAUCGUAGUAGAGAUGAUUGUAGUGAAUAUACAUACUUUAGACGGUGGAUGUUUAAGAUUGCUUUUGUUUGUAAAGAAUGGUUUGCCAUGGUCAGAGAUACAGUCGAUGGUUUGCAUGCUAUCGAGCUUUGGAGAUAUGAUGAUGCCGACAGAAUCAUAGGUGAUUGGAUCUCUGGAGUUCCAUCAUCAAAGUAUUCUAUCAUUCAAACGGUACGCGCAUUAUCAAUAUCAGAGGAUACAAAUUCAACAUAUUCAAUGGAAGCAAUACUCUUUGGUUAUGAGGAAGAAGGAAAUGAAGAUAAAGAUGAUAAAGAUACUGAACAAAAUGAAGAACCUAGAGUUUCCCCGCUUCGACAUAUUACUCUGUAUGCAGAUCAAGAGGAUGCAGAAUACUAUACCGAUUUGGCUAUGGAUGCAUUGCAACUUCCGAAAUACAGGUUGAUCAACUCUGUCACACUACGUGGAAUGUAUACCAGUGAAGAUAAUGUCAGUAGUAUAUUCAUGAAUGGUAUUAGAAAGUUGGAAAACAUUAAAAAGAUAAACGUUCUUGUCAAUACUGAGGUGGAAGAAACCUGUAGAAACACAUGGAGAUUGGCAUCGUUAUGCACUCAUUUGACAAGUAUAACAAUCGAUACUAAAUAUGGUUUGGAAAUAGAAUAUCUUCCUGGUUUCUUUUCUCAACCGUUGUUGGAGCAUUUGGAUAUCAGCGAUCAUGAAGUAGAUUUGUGGAAUAAGAUUGAAGAUGGUCGUAAAUCAAUACCAACAGAUCUUUACAACUUAAUCUCUGGAAACAAGUCGAUAAAGAGUCUAAGUUUGGUGUUCCAUUCUCCUGAAUCACCUCAAUAUGUGGAGAUGCUCUUCGAUGCAUUGUCUCAAAACAAAUGUAUCACAGAUCUCAGUCUAGACUACUCGUUGUUCUACACAUCAACCAUUCGUACAAAUAUCCUAAGUCAGACACUAAAGUCACUUAAAUUACAGACAAUAGAUAAUCGCAACCAAUACACAUCCUAA